AGUUUCCCAAGCCAACUUACGAUAUCAGCUGGCUUCUCAUCCACAUAACGCAAUGGCAGGCCAUGCAACAUCCAGCGUACUGGAUAUUGUGCCCGAAUCUGAAGCUGCCACUGUCGGGUCCAGUGGCCCUUCCUCUCAAUCGUCUGCUCCAGAAGUGAACUCACAAACGGCUGUACAAUACUUGAACGCUUAUAACAGCCCAGCAGAUAGCAGGGCUACACAAAACGGCGGCAUUUUGGAAUCGCUAACUCCCGCUAAUGCAGCUGCCAUUACCGCCAGAAGUGUUAAUCCCACUUCACGCACAGUACGGUGGAAUUGGGUCAAUUAUCUACGAAGUCGCUGGCAGCAUAUCUCAAGCUCCAGCAAAGUGUUGCUGAUUAUUACCACGGCCAUAUCGAUUAUUCAGAUUGCUGCGAGCGUUGUAGCUGUCGCAAUAUCCGGGGACGGUACCUGCGAACGACCACUCAAGAUUUUCCUAAUUGUAUAUGCUAUCAGAGUGCUUCUCUCUUUUCCAUUUUCCAUGUACCAGUACUUACAUCCACGAAGAAGGAGGAGAACGCGACGGAGACGUUCUAAUACCGCUAAUGCCCCGGCAGAGACGCAGGCUCCUACGACAGUGCAUCCUAUUUCCCCGGCAACGGAAAUAGACAACAGCUCGUCCAUACUACCACCUACUGCUCCACCUACCACCACGCCUCCUACGACCGGAGAACAUCAAUCUCGAACCACCCGCCGUCAUAUCAUUGGCGGCCGAGUCGAUCGUGCAAAAUCGUUGCUCGACUUGUUUGCAACUUUCUGGUUCGUAAUCGGCAACUACUUUUUAUUCGGAAGCACAUCUUGUGCAAACACUGCUAGUGUACUCUUCUAUGUAACUUUAACAUGGGUGGUUCUGGGCUAUGUCAUGAUCACCAUUCCUAUUUUGUUCUGCGCAGCUGCUAUAUUUUGUUUACCAUGCGUACUGGCAGUUGGUAUGCGAAUCAUGCAAGUUGGUGAACCCUCCGAAGUGGGUGGGGCGACAGCUGAAGAAAUACAAAAAAUACCAGUUUUACGGUUUACCGACAAUGCCGCGGACACUAAUAGCAUUGCUGAGUCUCACGUAUCUGUCAGGAGUAGCGCUAAUAGGGGACUGGAAGCUGCUCCACGCGUGGGAUUCUUCCGCCGGAUGUUACGUCGAAAGGCUGGUCAAGCUAAACCCAAUGACAUUGAGAAACCUGAGUCAAAGCGGGAUCAUAAAACCAUCAGCUUUGACUGCAGUGAAGACGCCGUAUGUGCUAUUUGUCUAUCCAACUAUGAGCAGGAUGAACUUGUUUGCAGACUAUGGUGUCAGCACCAUUUCCACAAAGACUGUCUUCACGAAUGGCUUGCGUUGAAUAGCAUGUGUCCAAUGUGCAAGCGCGACUGUCGUGGCAAGGAGUAUGAAGUCGUAGAAGAAGAGGACAAUUAGUAGCCAUUAUAAUAUUAACAAACGAUCCAUAAUACCACUAGCAGCUCACCCCUUGUAAAUUUUGCAUACUGAACGAAUUAACACUCCUCUUUCGUCAAAUUUUUUUUUUAUUUGAUUUUCUGGCUCCGGUCGAUUGGUACCUUU